AACCUGGUGGUCGCGCCGCCACUCUUAGCUGGUCGGAACGUGCACCUUAAGAAUUAUCACAAGUUAACAAACUACCGCAGGCCACACAACGGCCCCACAGGUCAAUCCGAGUUCAGCUGUAGUCUGGGAACGUGCCGUGAUCUCUAGUGUUCUUCUGUUUAGUUCACUCUAGUGUGUAGAACCUUCUUCUUGUUGCUCUUCGGAACUUGACCGCCACCACCGCCAUCAGCAAUGGAUGAUCUUGACAAGCAGCAGCUGGAACUGCUCCGCAACGCCUUCAACGCGUUCGAUCAGGAGAAGAAGGGAUGCAUCGGCACCCAGAUGGUCGGCACCAUCCUGAGCAUGCUGGGCCACCAGCUGGACGACCAGCUGCUCAAGGAGAUCAUCGACGAGGUUGACGCCGACGGCUCCGGUGAGCUGGAGUUCGAGGAGUUCGUCACGCUGGCCGCCCGGUUCCUCGUUGAGGAGGACGCCGAAGCGAUGCAGCAGGAGCUGAAGGAGGCGUUCCGUCUGUACGACAAGGAGGGCAACGGUUACAUCACCACCGCCGUGCUGCGCGAAAUCCUGCGCGAGCUGGACGAUAACAUCACCGCCGAGGAUCUGGACAUGAUGAUCGAGGAAAUCGAUUCUGACGGUUCCGGAACCGUUGACUUCGAUGAAUUCAUGGAGGUCAUGACCGGUGGAGACGAUUAAGCGUCUAGAACCCCCACCAACUCUGCUAGCUUAAUAUUCGUUUAAUGUUUAAUUAUACCUUCUACAACCAGAGAGAAAAACAAAACUCUACUCUACUGUCGUGUUAAUGUUAGCCUAAAAAGUUUCCACCAAAAAGUUUACUCUAAGAUUGUUCACACCAGUAUCAGGUAGUAUCAGCACACACACAACCACAACACUGAACGUAGAGUAGUAGAUAGUGUAGAACAACAGACUCAGUGACUAGGAAUGGUCCAAGAUCGGAGAGAGGCAAAGUUUUUAUGUAUUUGCUAGCCACCCAGAACAACACCCAGAAGCUUGUCGGGCCCCGCGGCAGGACGAGCGUCGAGUUUCCACCAACUUUUGUUAUUUUGGAAACCCUGAGUGUGCAGCAAUUGUGUUUGUACAAAAAUAAAAUCGAUUUGUACCCUGAA